AUGCUCCCUAUCCCCUCAUCUGCGCGUGCGGAAACGACGUCGGACGAGUUUCACACGCCGAGGGAGUACAUUGAGAUUCUAGAGGCAUAUGUUGACCAGGAUUUGAUUCUGGAGAAACAGCAGACCACGCAGCUUAUUCAGAAGAUCAAUGUUGUUCUUGGACAGAUCCAGGAGCUCAACAGCGAGAAGAAUCUGAUUUUGCGCGAGAAGAAGAAGAUCCAGAACCUGAUCGACGAUCUGAAGGCCAACUAUGAGAAUUUGGACAAGACGUUGGUGAUUAAAAACAAAAGCAUAGACAAUGAAAUUUUGCAACACAAGAAGCUGCUCGAGACAAAGAAGAAGGAGCUUACCGAAACGUCGCAGGCGAAACUCGAGGAAGUGGAGAAGAAUAUGGUCGAGAUGGUCGAGAGCUCGUUGAAAGACGAGGAGCAAGAUGCACGCUGGAGCAAAGAGUUACAGGUUCUGGAGGAAAAGAAACAGGAGCUGGAGAAACGACUUGAUGGGCUGAGACACGACAACAAGCGCAAGCUGGACGAUCUUUUGGGCGAGACAGACGCCGAGGUUUUGGCAAAAAGCAAGCAGAAAGAACAGCAGUUGCACGGGCCUCGUAAAGAAGUUGAGGACUGCAAGUUAGAGCUGGAGAGUAUAGAGACACAGCUGGACAAGAAAACAAGGGAGUUGGAGCAGCUGAGCCAAACGGUGGACCAGAAACGGUCGAUCCUGGGGUCUAUGGAGAAUUACAAGGGUUCAUUAGACCAGCAGGUUCUGGACCUAAAAUUAGAGAAGACCCAGCUGUUGACCCAAUUGGACGCCACAAACAGGGAUCUUUCGCAGUUUGUGGAAACAGACUACUUGAGCGCAUCACAGGAAUAUCAGGACGCGAUGAAACGUCUGGAAACAGAAAGGCUUACCCGGUACAAGAUCGAGAACGAGAUAUGGAACUUGCAAGGGAAGCCGUGCAUUUUGGUUGAUAAGGCGUCCAAGUUCACGAAUGCUGUCGAGUACUCAAAAGGACGGGUCUGCGUGUUUGCAGAGGUGGUGUUACAAGGAACGAAUUGCGCGAUAAUAGGUAUCAACGUCGACUCUGAGUGUCUGGACGCGGUACGGGAGCAUCUGGACGCGAGAGCGAGGUCCAGCCGGUACGCGAACUGGCAGAUUGACAUUAGUGAACAGCAGGGAGAGAACUCGUGUUGUUUGGAAGUGAACAGCACGAACCGCAACACACAGAAACAGAUAGCUGGCACAUUGACGUUUCUGGAGACCGAUGCUCAGCGGCUCGACGAUGUUUUAGCAAGUCUUGCAAAAGGCACACGAGUCAUGUGUGUCAUUGGUACCGACGAAAACACGACUCUUACAACAUACAACGCCGUCUCGCUUGCCUUAGAGACCCACCAGCGGUCGUGUAGCUAG